AUGGGCCAGAGAGAGGCGAAAGCAGACCAGCUGGCGCAGCACAUGGUCGAGCCGACCAAGGACAGCCGGAUCACGUCUGAUUUCGGCACCAAGCAGAACAACACGGACGACUGGCUGCGGAUCGCUCGCGACGACCAGCUCGGCCCGUCGCUGCUGGAGGAUCCCUUUGCACGCGAAAAGAUUCACCGAUUCGACCAUGAGCGUAUCCCCGAGCGUGUAGUCCACGCCCGAGGCACCGGAGCCUUUGGAACGUUCCGACUAUACGAGUCCGCCGAAGACGUCACCUUUGCGCCUGUGCUCACCGACACAUCCCGCGAGACUCCCGUCUUCGUCCGCUUCUCGACCGUCCUUGGAAGUCGCGGUUCGGCCGACACCGUCCGCGACGUGCGCGGCUUUGCCGUCAAGUUCUACACCCAGGAGGGCAACUGGGACAUUGUAGGAAACAACAUCCCCGUCUUCUUCAUCCAGGACGCCAUGAAGUUCCCGGACGUCAUCCACGCCGGAAAGCCGGAGCCUCACAACGAAGUCCCCCAGGCGCAGUCGGCGCACAACAACUUCUGGGACUUUGUCCAGAUGCACAGCGAGGCCACGCACAUGUUCAUGUGGGCCAUGUCGGACCGCGCCAUUCCUCGCUCAUACCGCAUGAUGCAGGGCUUUGGCGUCAACACGUUUACCCUCAUCAACAAGGCCGGGAAGCGCUCGUUUGUCAAGUUCCACUUCACCCCGGAGCUGGGAGUGCACUCGUUGGUGUGGGACGAGGCGUUGAAGCUCGCUGGCCAGGAUCCUGAUUUCCAUCGCAAAGACCUGAUGGAGGCUAUCGACAACGGAGUGUACCCCAAGUGGAAGUUUGGUAUCCAGGUCCUGGACGAGAGCCAGGAGCACGACUUUGACUUUGAUAUCCUUGAUGCCACCAAGGUCUGGCCCGAGGAUCUGGUUCCUGUUCGAUAUAUCGGCGAGCUUGAGCUGAACAAGAACGUCGACGAGUUCUUCACCCAGACCGAGCAGGUUGCCUUCUGCACCAGCCACGUCGUGCCCGGCAUCGGCUUCUCAGACGACCCCCUCCUGCAGGGCCGCAACUUUUCGUACUUUGACACCCAGCUCAGCCGCCUGGGCGUCAACUGGCAGGAGUUGCCCAUCAACAAGCCCGUCUGCCCCGUCAUGAACUUCAACCGCGACGGCGCGAUGCGCCACACCAUCUCCAAGGGCAAGGUCAACUACUGGCCCAACCGGUUCGAGGCCCAGCCCCCGGCCACGCACGCCGAGGGUGCCUACGUCGACUAUCCGGCCAAGGUCGAAGGCAUCAAGCAGCGGGGGAAGAGCGCCAAGUUCAAGGAGCACUACUCGCAGGCUCAGCUCUUCUUCAACUCGCUCUCCGAGGUUGAGAAGAACCACUUGCUGGCGGCCUUCUCAUUCGAGCUCGACCACUGCGACGAGCCGGUGGUGUAUGAGAGGCUCGUGAAGCGGCUGGCUGACAUCGACCUCGGCCUGGCCCAGUCGGUGGGCAAGAUGGUGGGCGGCGCCCUGCCGCAGCAAGCCGGACGACCAAACCACGGGAAGAAGGCAAAGGGUCUCAGCCAGCUGGAGUUUAUGCCCGCGAAGCCCAUGAUUGCCUCAAGGCGAGUCGGCAUCAUCAUCUCCGACGGAUAUGACCCCGUUGCCUACAACGCCAUGUACGGAGCACUCACCGCAGCCAAGGCCGUUCCGCUGGUCAUUGGCACGCGCCGCUCCGAGAUCUUCCCCGACGGCGAAACUGCCGCCGGCAAGGGGGUCGUCCCUGACCACCACCUGGAGGGCCAGCGCAGCACAAUGUUCGACGCCCUCUUCAUUCCCGGCGGCGCCAAGGCCAUCGCGGAGCUUUCCAAGAGCGGGCGAGCCCUGCACUACAUCCGCGAGGCUUUCGGCCACCUCAAGCCCAUUGGGGCCACGGGUGAGGGCGUGCUGUUGGUCGAGAAGGCCCUUCAGAUGCCGGAUCGGGUGGCUACCUCGAGCAACCACGAGGCCGUCGAGAGUUACGGUGUGGUUACACUGAAGAACGUCCACCCCGAGCAUCUGAAGGAGAUUGUGAUUGUUGCCAAGGGGGCUUCAGGGUUCCUGGACAAAUUUGCGUAUGCGAUUAGCACGCAUCGCUGCUGGGACCGUGAGCUCGACGGGCUCAACAGCAUGGUGGCGUACUGA